GUUACUCACUCCACCCAACCUGCCUGCUGAGCGCAGAGCCCCGCCUUCGGGUUUGUGCCGUCGCCUAUUUGUUUUUUCUGGUGGUGGGUGCUUAUCGUUGAGCCGAAGUUUUUCACCUUUGGCUCGCUUUCUUAAAAUACGUGCUUGCAUCCCAUCCUCCCGCAAGCCCGCCCCCGAUGUGACGAUGCUAUUCUUUGGUUCUCUUUCCUUUUAAAUAAACCCCCUUCCUCCGUCUCGCCGUCUUCCGUCCCUCCCUCUCCCACCAUCUUGCGCCACACACGCACACCACACAGAAGAAAACGAUGGGCUCGGCUCCUAGAACAUCCCUCGCCGAGGUGCUGCCUCCGCUGAUCCUCGGCACGGCCACCUUCAACGUCCAGUACCAUCCCGAUCCCGCGCGCAUGCCCUACACCGACAUUGUCCGCCACGCCCUCGAGUCCGGCGUCCGCGCCUUCGACACUUCGCCCUACUACGGCCCCUCCGAGAUCCUCCUCGGCGACGCUCUCCGCCAGCUCCAACCUGCCCCGGCCCGCGCCGACUACUUCCUCAUUACAAAGUGCGGCCGUAUUCGCGGCGACGAGUUCGAUUAUUCCCCGGACUGGGUCCGCUACAGCGUCCAUCGCAGUCUCGAGCGCCUCGGCACAGAUUACCUCGAUCUUGUAUAUACCCACGACGUGGAGUUUGUCUCCCCGGAAGAGGUCCUCGCUGCUGUCAAGGAGCUCCGUGCUCUGCGUGACAAGGGCCUUAUCCGAUAUGUUGGUAUCAGCGGAUACCCCGUCGACCACUUGGCCUCGCUGGCCGAGAUGAUCCUGCGCGAGACGGGCGAGCCGCUGGACGCUGUCCUCUCUUAUAGCAACUACAAUAUCCAAAAUACGCGCCUGGCGCUCGAAGAUAACAUGGCUAGCUUUGCUAGAGCCCGUGUUGGAUGCCUGCUCAACGCCAGCAUGCUGUCCAUGGGCCUGCUUAAGAGCCACGGCGUCGAUAACACCCAAAUGUCGUCUUGGCACCCGGCGUCGGCUGGUCUGCGUACCGCCUGUGCCAAGCUGUCUCCUAUGACGGGUGAUGAGACUCUCGAGGCCGUAGCCCUGCGCUGGGCCUUGCAUAGCUGGGGCAAGGUUGGCGCUGCGUUUGGCACCCACGUUGGUGUGGACGGCGGCAACAAGAUUGGUAUUAGUGUCAUGGGCGUGUCCAGUGUCGGCGAACUCGAUGAGACAGCCAAGCUUUGGAAGGAUGCCACGACAAAGAGCGCCAAGAACGACGAGAUUACACAGCUUGUCGAGACCAAGAUGUGGCCUGCGCUGGGCGACUUCAAGGACCAGACCUGGACAAGUGGCGGCAGCGACUUUGUUAACCAGCGCCCUGCUGCGGAUAUGGGAAAGAUUCCCGAUGACGAGAUUUCGAAAAAAUACGGCCUUUUGUAAAUAAGGGGUCUCGUGUCUCGCAUCCAUAUGUACAUAUAAAAACAAUCCCCGGACAUGGGGAGAGAUAUACAACUAUUUGCAUGCGGCGGUUUGCUCGGUGCGGCCGGCGCCAGAAUAAAACUUUAUAAUGAAAUA